CUUAUAACCUAUUUUUCGUGCUACAACAAGCUACUUAUAACGGUCAAGUAACGUCUAAACUAACCUAAGCUAACAGUAUAGUGGUUAUAACUUAGUUGUUAGCAUGUUAGCUAAUACUACACUGCGCUAUCUAGCGCGAGCUACCGCUUUCAAUUUCACUUCUCGAAGCUCCUCGGUGUUAAGCGUCUCAGCUCGCGCCUCCUACUAGCUUGCUAACCGGCUUCUUUUCGCCAUUGUAUAAUGAAAUGUCUUUGGGUUUGUUUCUCCUUAUAUAUACGAAAGCCAAUUUUGUAUAAAAAUGGACGACUGGACCACCACUUGGACAUUUCCGCGUUUAUUAAGCUAAACUACCAAGUUAGCAGCUAGCUCUGUUAGUUAGUGUUGGUGUGUGUUUUUAUACGGUAUACACUUCCGUUUGUUUUUAGCUCUCCAUCUAACCACGAUUCUCAGACUGGUUUAAGCUUUUUUUCUUUGUUUUUCGGCUCAAUGGUUGAACUGGAUCUCGAAACCCUAGAUUUCCAUCAUGGAUGAUGUUAUUUCACUCAGUUCUGGAAGUGAAGAGGACUCGGAUAUUGAGUUUGUCAGCAGUUAUAAAGAUGACAGCUCCAGUGGCAUUCCGUUUAUCAGAGCUGAACUCCUGCCUGUUACACCUGUUCUUAUCGACAUCACAGAGCACUCCUUUUCACCGAACAGACCAAGACCUUCACAAACACUAAAGAAACUGCCGUGUUCCACUAUAGAAAUCAUCGAUCUGAAUAACAUAUCCGACUCAUGUGGCAGCCUUCCAGCCAAAUCGCGUGGAAAACUUCUUCAGUCGGAAUACACUGUGAAUCUCGAGAAAGACGUGAUUUGUUUGGACUCCGGUGAUGGGAAUGAUGGUCAGUCUCCUGUUUCUGUGUCACAGGAUCAAGAAAACUCUUACACAAAGCAACACAACGGCGUUCAGUCGUGUUUACAAGCUAGCAACACGCAACAGUCAGUACACGUUUCUCACCCUUCAAGCCCGAAAGAUAUUUCGUUCUGCUUCGAGCCUUCAGAUGGAUUCUUAGAGUUUUUAGAAACACAGAACACUAAUCACACACAGCAAACGCCACCGUCACCACGUGCUGAAAAUCAUGACGCAAGCUUGGACUCCCCACACAGCUGGCUGGACAAAGCUCUUUCGCCGUUUAGCCUCAACAGUCCGUACUACUGCCCGAGCGAAAUCGACGAGGCCGUGUUCUCUGAUGAAUCCCUCAUUCUCAUUGACCAGGACCAGGACCAGGACCAGAACCACACAUCGUGCAGCCUCGAUAAAACCGGAUUGCCGUUUGAUUUGGGUGACAGCAUGGCACCGCAAGAAAAAAACCACAGACACGCUUUAUCACCUCAUCCACAGACUCUCGCCUCUCACAUUCUUCCUACCUCAGACAGAGCUCCUCUUCCCACCAGUCCUACAUCUACAGAACUCCUGGCUGGCGAUUCUCCAGAAACGGGAUCUGAUCUGGACAUGGAGAGUCCACCUAUCAGUCCUAUGAAGUCCUCUAACACUUUCAGUCCACCGUCACACAUGAUGUUGGGUACUAAAGACUCCGCUUCAGUGUUACAGGAGAACGGGACGGACGCCGACACCACAGAUCUCUCAGAAUGCUGUACGGGUGCCGGGCAGCAGAUUUCUCUGGUGCAGUUCAAAAAACUGAAAUAUUUAUUAGGGACACGAGAUCAGCAUACGCGCAGUGCUGAAGAGGACAACAAAGACUUCGGUAUGGCCGAGCCUCUGUGCAGGCAGAGCCUGAGUCUGGUCUACAGCACCAUCGAAGAGAACUACACAGAAGGCACGCUGCAGCUCCUCUCUGACCUAAUCCAACCUUGUUAUUACCCUCCUUCUGACAUCACAGUUCACCUCCUGAAAGGAAUCCUGCUGGAGCCGCAGUGCACCCCGGUGUUGGCGCUGGAAGCCUACAACCUGCUGAUGAGGACGCAGAAAUACCAUCCUGCAGACAAAUCCAUGAUCCCAUGGGACUGGGAGUUGUUGUCGUCCAUCAUGGCUGAACAGGACGAGGCGAAGAGGCUGCGCAGCGAAGUGCGAUGUCUGCUGCUUCAGUAUGUCCUGCAGGUUUUGGAAGACGACUUCCAGUUCAAGCUCCCCAUGCUGCGGCUUCACCUCUCGAUCGCUAACGAAAUGCUUUCGUGUGAUCACAGGUUCAGACAGGUCAGGGAACUCGUGACCUGGCUGUUAGAUGUAGCGAAACAGUCAUUCUGUACAUCUGAGGAUGAAGAAAUGCAAAAAAGCGAGAGGAACUGCUGUCUCAAGAUGCUGCUAAUUCUGCAGAGGAUGCUGUUAUUGGCCAUGGAGGUGGACCUCAGACCAACCUGUAGCUCCAGUAAGCUCUCUCAGGAGCUGUGUAUUAGCCUCAACAGCAUGGCGCCGUGCCGAAGGCUCAGGUUUUUGUUGUUGAGCACCCUGCAGAGCAACCUGCUGAGGUGUAAGAUGGUGGAGCUGCUGCUGGAUCAGUCCUGCUCUCAGAAGCGAGUGUUACCCAUGUCCUUCAAACUGCUGCUGCACUUCCUGCACACGUCCACGCUGGCACCAGAUCCGUCGGAUGGCACAGAGAGAUGGAGAAGGUGGGAUGAGCUCCUGCAGCUCGUCUGGAUGCUCAUGCUCAGCUAUCAGGAAGUGAUAACGGGUCAUCUUCGCUACUCCAUUACAGAGCGGUUCAAGCUGACCCGCACUCCCAUGUGGACCCAGAACGACCAGGUGACCCCGGCUGCCGUCCAAGAAGCGGCCGAGGCGUUCCUGUCCCGCGCCGUGGAGGACCUCGGCCACGAUCUUCCCUCCCAAAUCCAAGAGUCAUUAUCCCAGCUGCAAGAACACUUACUGAGUAUCUCUCUGCAAUAACAAACUAAUAGAAAUCAAAGUGUACAUACGAUGAAGAUUAUUUUUGUAGAAAAUGUAUUAUAAUUUUUAAUGACGUCUAUAUUAAGUAUCCCUUUGAGGGUACUUGAUGCUUAUUUAAAUCACUCGACUGAAAUGAGGUGGUUUUGUAAAGAGAUCAAGAAGUGAGUAAAGUUUUGUUAAAAAAAAACACUGUAUAGAAAUUCUUUUUGUGAAACUGUUUACAUAACAUCUCCAACACCAGGCUCUCCAAUUGCAGUGAAAGUACUUCGACUUGUUAUUAUAUAAUAUUAAAUAUUAAAAGUAAUCAGCUACAAGAUGAUUCUAAAUUUCCGAGUUUUGUGUAUUCCUGCCUGAUGCACAGAAUUCCUGGGAAUAGACUCCGGAUCCACCAGAACUCAGACCGGGAUAAAGUGCCUACUAAAGACAAAAGAGUUGAUUCUCGUGUGAAAAUACGCCACAUUUCUAUGCAUGUUCUCCCUACGUCCAUGCGGCUUUCCUCGGGGUUCCUCACAGUCUCCUCCCACCUCCAAAACUGAUGCCAGUAGGUGGAUACCUUUAAUAAAA